AUGGCCGCAAUCUUGGAUGCUAUGGGACCCUACGUGAUGCAGCUGAUAGCUGACAUGGCAACAGAAGAGGUGAAGAUGUUGCUGGGCAUAUCUGGCGAUAUUGAGAAGCUAGAGAACAACAUGGAAAGUAUCAAAUGCUUCCUUGCUGACGUUGAGAGGAAGCGCAUCACUGAAUUGAGGGUGCAAAGAUGGGUUCUGAAGCUCAAGAACGCCAUGUAUGACGCCACUGACAUCCUAGACCUAUGUCAAAUCGAAGCUGACAAGCAGAGGGAGUCAAAAGGUAGCAGCACGAUUGAAAAGGCUCCAGGUUGCUGCCGGGCAUUGCUCUCCUGCCUACGGAAUCCUGUGUUCGCACACAAGAUUGGCAGCCGCAUCAAGGAGCUCAACCAGAGGCUGGACAACAUAUAUGAAGAGUCUCACAAGUUCAACUUCAUCAAUCUAGGAUCCCACCCAGAACAGAGGAUGUCCACUGGAGAGAAGGUGACAUCUGAGUUUGUUGAGUCAGCUAUUGUUGGUGAGAAAAUUGAGAGGGAGACAAGGGAGCUUGCUCAAAUGCUAACCAUCAAUGGACACCACGACAUCAAAGUGGUGGCCAUUGUGGGCACAGGUGGCAUGGGCAAAACCACCUUGGCCCAGAAGAUCUUCAAUGAGACCACCGUCCAAGAGCACUUCAAAGUGAAGAUAUGGCUAAGCAUCACCCAACACUUUGAUGAGGUUGAGCUUCUCAGGACAGCAAUUGAGCAUGCUGGGGGAGUCCAUGGUGGGGUGCAAGACAAGACCCUCCUCUCACGGAGGCUCACCAACACCUUGUCCAUGGGUAGGUUUCUCCUGGUCCUGGAUGAUGUGUGGAGUAAUGUAGCAUGGAGCAAUGUGCUUAGUGUUCCAAUCAGAAAUGCAAGUAAAAAUCAACAGGGCAAUUGGGUGCUAAUCACUACAAGAUUAGAAGACCUAGCUCUACGGACCGGAGCCUCCUUCUACCAACAUCAUGUCAGCCCACUCAAUGAAGAUGAUGCUUGGUCAUUGCUCAACAAACAGUUGCCGCCAACACCUGGUCAAGUACAUGGAACAGAUCACCUGAAAGUUGUUGGGAUGAAAAUUAUCCGUAAGUGUGGAGGUUUACCACUUGCUAUCAAAGUGAUGGGAGGACUGCUAAGUACGAAGCCCCGAAGCGAGGGUGAUUGGGAGGCUGUUUUCAAGCAUCAUGCAUGGUCAGUAGCUGGAUUGCCUAAGGAACUGGACAACGCGAUCUACUUGAGCUAUGAGGAUUUGUCUCCCCAGCUGAAGCAGUGCUUCCUAUACUGCUCACUUUUCCCUAAAGGUACAACUAUUUGGCAACGUAAUGUUGUUCCGAUGUGGAUUAGUGAGGGAUUUAUCCAUCCACCAGACAGAAGCAGGAGUUCAUAUGAUGAUUGGCUAGAAGAAAUAGCAGAUGGGUAUUACCAGGAGCUAAUCACGAGGAAUCUUAUUGAACCAGAAUCAGCUGUCACUCGAUACUCAUGCACAAUGCAUGACGUGGUGCGAUCUUUUGCAGAGUUUAUGUCUAAAGAAGAAUCAUUGGUGGUCCAGGACCAGCAAGAUGAUGGUGGUACCAAGAUCAGCCAUGUACGUCACUUGUCUAUAGGAUCAACCAAGUCAGCACUAGAAUGGGAUAUUCUACAGAAGCAUAAAUCAGUAAGAACAUUAAUUAUAAAUAAAAGAAUUAAUGUUCAGCCUAGUGACUCAUUUGGGAGAUUGUCUACCCUAAGAGUGCUUUUUAUAAGGGGUACUGAUUGUGAUAGUUUGGUUGACUCUCUAUGUCUUCUGAGGCACCUGAGAUACCUCCACUUCCAGGAUACAAAUAUAUCUAGGCUACCUGGAGACAUUCAUAGGAUGAAGUUCUUGCAGCACAUUAUGGUUGAUAGAUGUCCACAGCUAGACCAUCUUCCUAGCUGCAUUACACAGCUUCUGCAUCUAAGAACUCUUAGCAUAUAUGGUUUCCAUGACAAUGUUUUAAUACCCAAGGGGUUUGGUCAGUUGAAAAAUCUAAGAACACUUUUGGGGUUCCGAGUACAUUUGGACAAGAAUGGGGGCACGGGCUGGUGCAGCUUGGAAGAGAUAGGGCCUCUGUCCCAGCUUAGGAAGCUUUCUUUACUAGGUCUAGAAAAUGUGCCUGCUAGCUCGUCGGCUGGAAUGGCCAUGGUUAGUAGCAAGGAGCACCUUGAUUACUUUGUACUAGAGUGGAGUAGCAGCGGAUUCAUGGAACUGAGGGAUGAAAUCAACAAGCAGCAGCAGCAGAGAGUAGUGGAGGAGGUAAUUGAGGUGCUCAGCCCUCCAUCCAGCAUACGGCAUCUACACAUGGAAGGAUACUUUGGUAGCCGGCUGCCAAAUUGGAUGAUGGAUCCAGCUACAUGGGUCUUUAAGAGCCUGAGGUUUUUAAGGAUGGACAAACUUUGUUGUUGCACCCAACUCCCUGACGGUCUGUGCCAGCUCCCUAGUUUGGAGUCGCUAGACGUUAAUGACGCACCUGCCAUCAAGAGUGUUGGGCCUGAGUUCCAGUCACCCUCCUCCCUGGCAGUUGGUGGAGGUAUUGUCACUACUGGAUCAGUAGUAGGUUUUCCUAACCUGGCAACUCUUCGUCUGGCUGGCUUGUGCGAAUGGGAGGAGUGGGAAUGGGAGGAGCAGGGUGAGGAUGCAACAGUAGAUGCCAUGGCAAUGCCUGCACUCAAGGGUCUCGUAAUUAUUAACUGCAAGCUGAGCUGUCUUCCACCAGGGCUCGCCAGUAGCAGGAGGCAUGCUCUAAGAGAAGUGCGCCUGUACAAGCUGAGAAACCUGACAUAUAUAGAGAACUUCCCUUCAGUUGUGGAACUUCAAGUAUUCGACUGCCCGGAGCUGAGAAGGAUCAGCAAUCUCUCCAAGUUGCAGAAAAUCAUUAUCUUACACUGCCGAAAUCUGGAGGUGCUAGGAGUCCCGUCACUCGACAGCAUGGAGAUGAGGGACGUCACCAUGGAGACAGUUCCGGAGUAUGUGACAACAGUAAGACCAAGAUAUCUCAAAUUGACUUGCAGCAAGGAGUUGUAUGAGUCCUUGUUAACAGGAAGCUCAUCUGAGUACGACAAGAUCAGCCAUAUCAAGUCACGCACUAUCGACUACCUUCGCAGAAGAUGA